UACUAGAGUCCUCUCAAAGUCAAAAAAAUUGAGAUCGUUCUGACCAGAACACCCCUGAACUUUUUACAUAUUUCCACCCAUGUCCUCCACUCAAUCACUCCCGAUCUCAGAUCCUCCGUCGUCCACCACCGGCAAUGCCGCCUGGUCGUCGACAAUCUCCGCAACUCCUGCCUUACGCGCUUUCCUAGCUCGCCUCACCGAGUCUACAAGACGCGCCUUCGCUCGCCGUCGCCCUUGGUACGAGCUAAUCGACCGGACCGCCUUCUCUAAACCAGAUUCGCUCACCGACGCCACAUCCCGCAUCCGCAAGAACUUCAACUACUUUCGCGUCAACUAUCUAACGUUACUCUCCGGCGUGCUCGCGUUCUCUCUUCUUUCCCAUCCGUUCUCUUUAUUCACGAUUGUAUCUCUCCUCUGCGCCUGGCUCUUCCUUUACCUCUUCCGUCCUGCCGAUCAGCCGGUUGUUAUCAACGGCCGCACCUUCUCGGACAAAGAAAUUCUAGGCAUCUUAGUUGUUCUCACGGUGUUCGUUGUCUUUCUCACGAGCGUCGGUUCACUUCUCAUGUCGGCUUCGUUGAUAGGGCUAGGGAUCAUCUGCGUCCACGGUGCGUUUAGAGAUCCAGAAGAUCUAUUUCUUGACGAUCAAGAGAUCCCUGGAACCGGACUGUUUUCCUCGUUCACCGGAGCUGCAACUUCCGCCGCCGUAGCCGAUGUGAUGGCGCGUGUUUGAACAGAUAAGUUUGUUCUCUGAGAUGCAACUAUCAUCGAUUAUUCCGUCAUUAUUUUUAGAUCCCUAUUGCUUCUUGUAGCUAGAUUGGUGUAAGAUCUGGCAGAAUUCAUGAUUUUUCGGCUACAUAAUAGUAGAUUGUUGGAUUUGUAUAAGUAUUCCUGAUUGAUUCUAUUUAUUUUACUACAACUAAAUGAAAAUUCGGUAAUGAAGUUCGUCAA